GAUUGGUUCCAGGAGAUGAGACGAUUUGUAUAAAUGUGAGCUCCUCUUGAGUGCAAAGCAGCAGCAGAAAUCCUGACUUAGCGGGAAAAGACAUAACCCGGCAAAGCUCAGAACGAGGCACAAUGAAGCUGUUUGUCUUCAUCUUGCUCUUCUCCUUGGCUCUGGGUGCCCACAGCCAGAACUGGUUCCUGGACUCUGGAAGAUUCAUUAAAGAGGCUGGUCAAGGGACCUGGGAUAUGUUGAGAGCCUAUUUGGACAUGCGUGAAGCCAACUAUAAAAAUUCAGAUAAAUACUUCCACGCUCGGGGCAAUUACGACGCUGCCAAGAGGGGACCGGGGGGUGCCUGGGCGGCGGAAGUCAUCAGCGACGGCCGGGAAUUCCUGCAGGGAGGCUCCAGCGGGAGGGGAGUGGAGGACUCGCUGGCCGACCAGGAGGCCAAUCGCCACGGACGAAGCGGAGGAGACCCCAACCGCUACAGGCCGGCCGGCCUGGACGAGAACUACUGAGUUACGAGUGUCCCCCCCUUCUCUCUCCCCUCGGACCGUCAUCUCCCCGAGAGCGGGGCCCCGUCUCUUCUCUGCCCAUCCCCGACACCGUGUUCGCUCAAUAAAUGUCCCUACCGAUGAUCCUAA